AUGGCGACCUCCGACCGACGAUCGUUCUCGCUUUUCCGAAUUACACUGUCCCCUCUCACGGACGCCCCGGCCGAGAAGAAGGCGCCGCAAACGUUGACAGAAAAGAUUGUGCAGCGCCAUGCUGUCGGGCUUCCGGAGGGAAAGGUCGUUCGGAGCGGCGACUACGUACAGGUCGAGCCCUCCCGAUGCAUGUCUCACGACAACACCUGGCCUAUCGCCAAGAAGUUUAUGUCAAUGGGCGCAACUAGGAUCAAGGACCCAUCGCAACUGGUUUUCGCUCUCGAUCACGACAUUGAGGCAUUCGCCAAGGCGCACGGCGUUCCUUUCUUCCCCGCCGGCUACUCGAUCGGUCACCAAAUCAUGGUAAACAUGUUCUCCACGAUUCGAACGGCGGAUCGUUCUGCUAAUACAACAUCAGGUCGAAGAGCUGUUUGUCUGACCCGGCCAAAUGUGCGUGGCAUCGGAUUCCCACAGCAACAUGUACGGUGCGCUUGCGAAUUUCGAUCAGCUGUUGUUAGAGCAGACGCAGCAGGAAUCUGGGUUACCGGAAAGAGUUGGUUUCAGGUCCCUCCCGUUGCGAAGGUAACCUUCACUGGGACGUUGGCUCCAGGUGUCACUGGAAAAGACGUUAUCGUAGCGUUGUGUGGGUUAUUCAAGAGCGAUGUCCUGAACCACGCAGUUGAGUUUACCGGCUCCGAGGAGACUAUGGCCAGUAUCUCGAUUGACAACAGAUUGACCAUCAGCAACAUGUCCACCGAAUGGUCUGCCUUGGCAGCGAUGUUCCCUAUGGACCAGAAUCUAAAGCGCUGGCUACGGUAUAAGGCCACAGAGGCAGCAAUGUUCCCGGACCGGACAACCAAAGAGCGGAUUACACAUGAAAAGAUUGACGAGCUUUACGCCAACCCUGUUCAGUCUGACCCCGGAGCUCACUACGCCAAGCAACUCUACAUCAACCUCUCGACUCUUUCGCCUUACAUUUCGGGUCCUAACUCUGUCAAAAUCUCAACGCCACUAAGCGAGCUUGCUCCCGAGAAAAUCAAGGUGGACAAGGCAUACAUUGUGUCUUGUACCAAUUCCCGCGCCUCCGAUCUCGCUGCAGCUGCGAAGGUCUUCCAAGACGCGGCGAAGGCCAAUGGUGGCAAGAUCCCUAAAAUUGCCGAGGGCAUCAAGCUUUAUGUUGCAGCAGCUUCGAUUCCCGAGCAGGAGAUUGCCGAAGACGAAGGCAGCUGGCAGACUCUACUUGAGGCUGGGAGCAUCCCGCUUCCGGCCUCCUGCGGACCUUGCAUUGGACUGGGGACCGGCCUGUUGGAGGACGGCGAAGUGGGAAUAUCGGCCUCGAACCGGAACGUCAAGGGGCGCAUGGUGUCUCGCAAUGCUCUUGCCUAUCUUGCCAGCCCCGAGGUUGUGGCUGCUAGCGCGCUCAACGGCGUCAUCUCGGGCCCGGGUGUUUAUGAGGUCCCGGAAAACUACGCUGGCGUGGAGUUUGGCUACGGCACUGGUGCACCAGCGAUCACGGAAAGCGAGCUCGGCAAUGUCUUGGAACAACUCGAAUCUCUCAUCGAACGGGCUGAGUCUUCCGUAGGCAACAGCGAUGCAGAGACUACCACUACUCCGAUCCUUCCAGGCUUUCCUGAGAAGAUUAGCGGCGAGAUCGUAUUCUGCGAUGCUGAAAACCUCGACACCGACAACAUUUACCCAGGGAAGUCUGCUACAAGCUUGGGAGAAGAGGGUAUGGCCAACGUCUGCAUGUCGAACUAUGAUCCGAAUUUCAAAGUAAUCACCAAACCCAACGAUAUCCUCGUCUCUGGAUUCAGCUUUGGCUGUGGAUCCUCGAGAGAGCAAGCCGCGACUUCGAUCCUGGCCAAGCAGAUCCCACUCGUUGUGGCAGGUAGCUUUGGAAGCAUCUUCUCCCGCAACAGCGUCAACAACGCGCAGCUGGGCUUGGAGGUCCCCCGUCUUAUUGAGCGUCUACGCGCCACUUUUGGCUCGGACAAAGUGCUCACACGUCGAACUCAGUGGACACUGACGUGGGAUGUGGCGCGGAGCAUUGUCCAGUUGCAAGAGGGCGAGGGUGGGGAUUGCUGGGAGGAAAAGGUUGGCGAAUUCCCAGCAAACCUGCAGGAGAUUGUCGCAAAGGGCGGCUUGAUCAAGUGGGUUCAGAAUGAAAUCGAAAAGGAAGAGGCGUAG